GGAGGGAGAAGAAAGGGGGGAGAGGAGGAAAACGGGAACGGCAGAAACAGGAGCGGGGAGGACGGUGGAGUCUUAACGGUUUAAAAGUUACAUUUCAACGAAAAUAAAAGCUUGCGGUGAAGUAAGAUGAUAACGCCCUAUUUCCUGGAGAGUUUCUGGGGUGAAAAAAAUAAUGGCUUUGACGUGCUCUACCACAACAUGAAGCAUGGCCAAAUUUCCUCCAAAGACCUGACAGACUUUAUCAGAGAAAGGAGUACCAUUGAAGAGGCUUAUGCCAGGUCAAUGACCAAACUUGCCAAAUCAGCAGGCAACUUUUCUCAGCUUGGGACAUUUGCUCCAGUGUGGGAUGUUUUUAAGAGCUCGACAGAGAAGCUGGCGAGCUGUCACAUGGAGCUCGUGAGGAAACUGCAGGAGCUUAUAAAAGAAGUUCAGAAGUAUGUGGACGAACAAGCCAAGGCACACAAAAAGACAAAAGAAGAAGUUGCGUCUACCCUGGAGGCCGUUCAGAAUAUACAGACAAUCUCCCAGGCUCUGCACAAGUCCAAGGAGAACUAUAAUGCCAAAACUGUGGACCAGGAGCGCCUCCGCAAAGAGGGAGCCACCCAGAGAGACAUGGACAAGGCUGGAGUCAAAGCCAAAAAAGCCACAGAGACCUACAAGUCUUACGUGGAGAAAUAUGCCACAGCGAAGUCAGAGUUUGAACAGAAGAUGGCAGAAACUGCACAGAAAUUCCAGGACAUUGAAGAAAACCACAUUCUCCACAUGAAGGAGAUCAUCAAGUCAUACUCACAGUCUGUUGAUGAGACGCACGUUCAGAUAGGCGAGGUACACAAUGAAUUUGUGAGAAACAUUGAGAAUACCUCAGUCGAGAGUUUAAUACAGAACCUGGCUGAAAGUAAAGGAACGGGCAAAGAGAGACCAGGGCCCAUCAGGUUUGAGGAGUGCAAUACAGCCAUUGCAACUGAAGGUGCCAAACCCAGAAAGAGGAUAGCAUUUGGCAUCCCUGGGCGUAGGAAAGAUAAAGAUUCAGACUCUACGGAGUCUACAGAAGUUGAAGCUGCUAACACUGCUAAUGGCGCUCUCCCAGGAUACUUUGGGGCCAUAGAUAUCCAGAAUGCUAAUGUCCCCCAAGUGGAUUCAGAGGGCUUCUGCAUCAGACCAGAAAUAAAUGAAAAUGAUGCCAAAGAAAAUUCCUUCUUCUCGUCCAGCGACUCUGAGGAUGAAGAGGAACCCCGGAAGUUCCAUGUGGAAAUCAAGCCCGUUCAGCCAAACAACGGCGUGCUUCAGAACAGAGCAACCAUCGAAGAGCUCAAGGCCUCAAUCGGAAACAUUACCCUGUCGUCUACAACCUCAGGACAGAUGCGGAGGAACCAGUCCAGAAUCUCAGGAGUACCCACAAUAAAUUCUAAGGCUCAAAGACGCGAUGAACUGGCAAAGAGCAGAGUGCCAACAUCGUUUGAACUAACGAAUAACGACCUGCUGUCUUUGGAUCCAUUAAGCCCAAAUCCACCAGCAGGUCCCUCCUCCUCGGUGUCAUCAUCAGCAGUUCCAGUACCAAACCGACCUACAACCCCAGCUGGAGCCCUGGUGCCACCUCCACGACCCUCCUCCAGACCCAAACUUCCCACUGCAAAACUAACAGGAAUCAAUGAGAUUGUGCGGCCGUUCAGCCCACCCAAGACGAUGAAUGCCAGCCCUCCUCCUGCUGCGCCACUUGCUCGGGCAGAGAGCUCCUCCUCCUUGUCCUCAAAUGCCUCACUCAGUGCCGGCAACACUCCCACUGUUGGACCUCAGCGUUCCUUUGCUCCCUCUCUCUCCUCUCCGGAGCCAGAACUACUCUCUCCUUCUCUCUUUCUGCUAAGCCAAAAGGAUGACGUGUUCAUAGCGAAGCUGCCCACCUUUGAGAAACGGUGUGAAACACCAGCAGGGACAUCUCGUGGUCCCAGCCCUGUGACCCUGGGAUCCCAAGAUGCCUUGCCCAUUGCCGUGGCCUUCACAGAGGCAGUUAAUGCUUACUUCAAAGGAGCUGAUCCCACUAAGUGCAUUGUGAAAAUCACAGGAGAUGUCACCCUGUCGUUUCCCAUGGGCAUCAUCAAAGUGUUUACCACCAACCCAUCGCCGGUCGUGCUUGCCUUCAAGCUGAAGAACACCAGCAGGCUGGAGCAGAUCCUACCAAACCAACAGCUGUUAUACAGUGAUUCUUCCCAAAGUGACUCAAACUCCAAGGACUUCUGGUUCAACAUGCAAGCACUGACAUCCUACCUCAGAAAAGCUUCAGAUCAGAAUCCCUCCGCUUCCUAUUACAACUUGGAUAUCUUAAAAUACCAGGUGCUAUCUGAUGGGAUCCAUUCCACUCCACUCAACCUGGCCGUGUAUUGGAAGUGCACACCGAGUAUGACAGAUGUGCGAUUAGAUUACCAGUACAACCCGGAGUCCAUGGCCUGCCCCGGGCCACUCACCAGCAUGCAGAUCUUAGUGCCUGUUGAUGGAGGGGUCACCUCCGUACAGUCCCUCCCCAACGCCAUCUGGAAUUCUGAGCAAAACAAGCUUCUUUGGAAGCUGCAUGACAUCUCAGAAAAAUCAGAAAAUGAAGGCGCAGGGUCUCUCAGAGCCAAAUUUGAGCUGUCAGAUGGACCCUCGACCCCGUGCACUCUGGCCGUGCAGUUUGUGAAUGAGGGAAGCACCCUGUCGGGAGUGGACAUGGAGCUGCAGGGGACUGGGUACAGACUUUCUCUCAACAAGAAGAGAUUUGCCACAGGGCGCUAUAUGGCAGAUUGCUGAGGUUAAAUGCCACUGAUUCACAAGGAUUAAAAAAAUGCAAUGUUUGCAAACUUUUCGUGACCCUCUGAACCUCUGGACUUGUCUGAGCACAGUCAAACUUUUCCUGGGAAGCAAGAUUCUCACUACAACAAAGCAGCACUGAGUAUUUAACACUGUUUUUUUUUUUGUUUGUUUGUUUUGUUUUUUAAAGAAAGAAAAAUUAUGGUGAGCUUUUGGGGAAUGUGUAGAUAUGAACUCUUAAUGUUUUCUGGUCAGUUCACCUGUGUAUAGUCUAAAAUGAUAAAUAUAUAUUGUGUUUGAGAUCAUAAAAAUGAAAAAAAGUGCACUAACUAUCUUUUUCUUUUAAUCUAAAUGUUUCAGGAGCCUCUACGACGGUGGCCGAUACGGUCCACAACACUUCCAAAUUCAGAAGUACAACAACAACAACAAAAAUACCAGCAUCAGGUCAACAGAUCAACAACGGUUAGUUGCAACAAAACAUGUCUUGCAAAUUGACGCUUGCAAACACAGAACACAAACAUAACCUACAGCUCAUGUAACAGUUUAAUUUCGUGAUAAGGUGUCUGCUGCUAAUUCAGGCACAACAUGCAAACAUGAAAAUACUUUGUAAUCUUUCACUAUACAACAGAGGUACGAGCAACACAAACAGAAGUUUCUGAUUUGAGGACUUUAAUUGACCUCUCCUCCUUAGUGCAUUGUAGGUAAAAUAAUCAAACGUGGAAAUACAGGAUGAGAGUAAAAUCAUCAGUAAAGUAAAUAAAUAAACUUACUUAGCUUGGCCGACCAGCUGGAGCUAACAAUGCCAGUUAAAGUCCUCUGGUAACAACCUGCUGUUUGUGUUGUAAUUCCUUUGUGUUGUUUCUCCAUCUGUUGUGUUGUGCAGCUUUGCAAAGCAUUUUUGUGUUUGGGUGUGUUGUGUGAAUUUGCAGUAGACUUCUUAUCAAAUUAAACUAUUGCAUGUGCUGCAGGUUAUAUUUGUUUGUGUUCUCUGUGUUUGCAAGGUUUUUUUCCCCCCAUUUUGCAGGAUGUAUUUUUUUAAUGCAUCUACUUGGUGUUGACUUAAUUUGGAAGUGUAGUGGCCCCUGUCAGCCACCGUACUAUACAGUAAGGAAUACAAACCAUUUCUGCAUGGAAGAGAAGAAUAACUGUAAUUUCUCCAUCUGAACCAUGAAUAUUAACACUCAACUUUCAAAUAGGAUUUAUUUUUCCUCCUUUUUUUUAAUGUGCAAUUAAGCAAUGAAGGUUGAAACCGUCUUUAACAGUAUGAAUCCUUUCCCACACUUGUGGGACAAACGUGAUUUUUAAUAACAUCUUUUUAAAAAAGAAAACACGCAAAAAAAAUUAAUAAUAAUAAGAAAAAAAUCUGACCUCAGUGCCUCGAUAUAUACUGUGGAUCAAUGGGCGUCUACAGAACGCCGAAGUUUUACCCGUAUGUGGGUGUUCAGAUUGAAGCUGCAUUUCUCCGUGGAGGUUUUAAACAUUCACCCCUAAUGGGGUUUGUGAUCAGCUUGCUCUUCGUAAACAUGUCAUCUUUCAGUCAUGAUGUGUGUGUUUUUAAAUUUUAUUUUUUUAAAUCCCUGAAUUUUAUUCUUCAUAUACAAAGUAGCGUUCAUGACUGCAGCAAUGUGUCAAAAAAAAAGAAAUAGACACAAGUGAGAAAAUAGAACUUCACUAAAUUUUUUUGUUUGUUUUAAUUAUCAGCACUUCUGUGUCCUGAAAAAUGUGCCUGAAUUGAACUUUUCUCUGUUCUUAAAAAAAAUACAACAGCACAGUUAAUGGAAAAGUACCAAUGUUGUACCAGUUGUUUUAUAUUCUUGUUUCUUUUUCUUCUUCAUCGUUGAAGGGAAAAUUCCUGACUGUCUUCCAGGAACAUUUGCGACAUUUUAUCCUCGUGUCGAUACUCGUCAGCUGACCUUAAGCUCUCAAAUGCUCACUGUGCUGCAGGUGAGGUUGGAGAGCCGUAGCACAAUAAGGCCACAUGAAUGAACGAAUGAUUGCCUUAUGACAACAACUUAACACUGACUAAUCCAGUGUUGUUGAAUGUGGUGACAUAUUGUGUCCAGCCUCCCAUCCAGUGCACCCUGGGAUAGGCCUCCACCAGUGUAACUGGGUUAGCAGGAUUUAGAGAAUGUUUCCGUGUACAGCCCUGCACCGUGGUUGGUGGUUGGUGCUACAUUCUCGUCUUUCGGUGAAGCAGGGCUGCUGCUGUAGACACGCUCGGACUUGUGCUGUUUAUGAUUUUUUUUUUUUUUCCUCAAUGAUCUAUAAAUGUUUUAAACGUUGCAUGGAAGCUGUGAUUUUUAAAAUACAUGAGCUCUUUUAAGGCUCCAACAAAAAAAAAUUCAUACAGUUUGUUACAUUGCCAAGAAUAAGAUUGUGUAAUAAUCAUAAACAGGGUAUUUUUUUUAAACCCUUAUCCUCAUUGCUCCUUUAUUCAUUUGGCAGAUAAUUGGACUUCUAUCCCUACUUAAUUUAUCUCAUGUUUCACUUGAACACUAAAGAAAUAUGAUUUAUUUCAUCACCUGUCAAGCCAGGAUGAGGUUUGUUGUAAUCCUAAAGAUUUUUUUUAAUACAUCUUCAUCCAGUUUAAGAUUAUACCUUUAAUAUUAAGUUAAAGGUGUAACUUAAAUAUUGUAUCUUUUCUCAACAUUAAUCAGCCAAAUGUUGGAACACAGGUGAAAUUUACACGUUUACAUAAAGUCCUAAAAUUGUAGCGUCAGGCAUUUUUACAUUGAGAAAUGAGUGAUGAAAGAUUUCCAGAAAGUACUGUGUUUCCGGGUUCAGGGCAAACCGCCUCUUUAUGCCAUACAUUGUUCUGUUAAUGUGACACUUUUUACUAAUAAUGAGUUUUCUUAACAAAAAUCCUGACCACAUUUGGCAUAUUCACCAACGGUUAGCAUGACUGUGCUUGCUAACGGUGGUUUGUUGUCUUAACAAAGUCUUUUUUGUGUGUGUUCAAGGUAUAUACUUGAAGAGUUUUUACUUUAUGUCUCACCAUUGGUUUAUUAAGUAACCAGUUUGAAAAAGAGACACACACAAACUCGCUGACUCACUCUGCUCUCACAUUUUGCUAAUGCCGUCUUUUAGAUGUUAAGGUUUUAUCUGCUAUGCGAGAUUCAAGCAGUAGUUUUACAGAUACAGAAGCUAUAAACUGUUCUGGUACUUCUGUGCAUAAGUGCACUCAUUUUGCAACAUGUUAAAAUGGACUUUGUUAUGGUAAUAAAACGUCAGUUAGUAUAUGCAAUCAUGCUAACCACAGCCGACGCUGACCACAGUUUAUGCUAGCCAUUCAUGCAUAUGCUAACCGUGGUUAGCAUUUUCUUUAUGACUUCCCCAAACCAGGAAAUAGUUACAUCUGAAAAACUUUCAGUGCUGGAAAAUAACAUGUCACUAUGUUUUCUUUUGUUAAAGCCAAUUCAUAAAUUGUAAUUAUAGUCAAUGGUUUUGGUCACAUGAGUGAAAUACAUGCAGAAAAGUACUUAAAUUCUGUAAUUGUAUUCAGUACUCGCAAGCUGGUUCUUGCUGUCCUGAUAAAACUUUCAGACUAAAUUUACAAGGUUCCUUUUGGUCUCUUUCACAUAAUUUCUGUCUUUUUGUUGUUGUAUUAAAUAGAGUAUAAAAAGAGCUAAAUUGUGUAAAUGAAUCAUGAAUUGUACAUUUUUACCAGUAUCUCAGCCACUUUUUGUCUCUACGUUAUUGUUUCUCAUUGUGCCUGUAUUAAAUGUGUAAUAUAUGAAUAUAUACAAAUAUAUGAAAUUGAAUACUUUUAA